CGUGGUCACGUGGCGAUUCAGGAGUCGGGGAAUUCGAUUUUGGCCGAUCUCCACCUCAGCCAGACCGAGCUUGCCGUGUACCUGACGUGCACCAGGAGGGCGGCUUACGGGGCUGGUUCCUUCGCGGCCGGCGUAGCUGCGAACUACGUCGGUCGGAGGUACGUCCUCGCCUCCGUGGGAGUCUUCUACACGAUGGGGGCGCUCGUGGUGGCGUUCACCACGAGCUACGUGUGGUUCACUGUAGGACGUGUGAUGGCCUGUUUCGGCGUGGGGAUGGGCCUACUCGUGGGACCCAUCUUCAUCGCCGAAACGACACCGUCCACGGCCCGUGGAGCCAGAGAAGAGGCUCUGUCUUUGACAUUCGGAGUCUCUUGCUCGUCUCUCCUCAUCCACUUGAUGCCGAUCGACACUCCGAACAGCCUCGAGCUUAGAUCUACCAACUUCGGCACGUCACUCUCCGCCUUCUUCUCUCUGUAUCAUCUCGACCAUAGCUAUUGUUGCGGGCAUCAAGUGCAGAGGCUUCCCUUCCUAUUGGGUUUGAAUGUUGUACCUUACGUUGCAAUUGGCUUGGCCGGAAUCAGAAGGCAAGAUUGUGAUAAGCAAUCAGUUGUGGAAUGUCCUGAUGGAAUGUCUUCGAUAUCGCCCUUAACCAGUCAACAACUUUCAGAGAAGGGGGUGGAAGGGCGAUCUCAGGAGAAAACUGUACGGCUUGUAGUAGGGACCAUAGCAGCCCACGUACUGCGGUUGUCACUCUUUCGGGUCUCCAGGCAUCUGGCCUGGAGGGUGAUGGCCGGGGCUGCCACACUGCCGACCGCCUACUUUACCUACAGGGUCUUCUCCAGACUGUUCACGGACACACCUUGCUGGUUGGCGUUGCGCGGCCAGGGUCUCGACGCAGAGCUGCUGAUGGAGCGUUGCGGCGCCGACGGAGCUGAGCCGCACGAUCAGAGGGCGCGACUGGAGCGCCUCGCAGGAUUUCUGACCACCCUCAACCGCCCCCUCGACCGCCAGCGAGAUCGUUUCCCCAGACAUCUCACCGGCUUUUGGGGAGACGUGAUGUACUACCUAGACUCUUACCCCCGCGACGUCUUCGUCGCCGCUGUUCUGUACGUCGUCCUGGAGGCGACGUACGAACAGAUAGCUCUCGAGUUAGUUCCUGCUGUCCUAAGACAGCACGGACUAGGGUUUAGGAGGUACUUCCCUGUCGCGGGGCUCGUGCUGGCUAGCGUCAUGCUGGUCGCGACGUCGAUCUCCAUGCACGCGGCAGGGAGGUCGAUGGCACGACGCCGGGGACUGCUGCUCGUGGGCCUCAGGGCAGCCGCGUGCUUGCUGGGACUUCUGAGCGCCACGACCUUUGUCGACGCACAGGACCACGUCGGGCACGUCGGUUGCAAGACCGCCUUCGCGAUGUCGUGCGUCGGGAUGCUCGCACUCGAGGUGGUGAUCGGGCUUGGGUCGGGCCCGAUCCCGUGGAUGUACGGCCCGGAGGUGCUACCUCUCGUAGUACGAGCACCUAGUUUAGGUUUUAGUCUUUUGUUUAGGUUUGUUUGCAGCAUACUGUUAGUUUGGACUUUUCCUGAGUUGUACUUCAGUUUUGACAGAGCCUGGUUGGGCUUUCUCGUCGUAGCCGGGGUUGCAACCCUUUUUUUCUUGUUUUCUUUUAGGUUUGUUAGGAGGACUACCUGUAGGCUUCUUAUGGAUGAGCCAGAUUAA